GGGUUCAGCGGUGGCCGGCCCUGCCGAUGGGGCGCGGCGCGGGCUCUGGCCCGGCUCCCUGCGGAGCGCGGCUUCGGCCUGCACGGCCCUAGGGCGGCGGCGGAGGGAGGACGUUUGGGCACAUCAGUGCUACACGUGAAGACCUUGUUCCGAGCCAAUACAGCUAAGAGCUUCAACUGGCUUGGACUUGUAUGUCAGCAGAAUGGUUUAUUGUAUUCCAUUAUUGGAGAUGCCUUGUUGCUGGUGAUGGGUGAGCCUGAUAAAACACAACUCGACUUGUAUAUCACAGGCUCCUUUUUAGUCCGCUGUCCUGAAGACAAGAGGUUCUGCCUGAUCAGGAGUCUCUGUUAGAAAUUCAAGUUGGCUGGAGAAUGGAAGGUGUUGAGUUUAAGGAAGAAUGGCAAGAUGAAGACUUUCCAAGGCCCCUACCAGAGGAUGAUCCUGUUGAGUCAGAUAUAUUGGCUGCAGCUGGAAGAGAAAGUGAAGCUGAGGUUAAUGGAACCAAAGUGAGGAAGAAACUAAUGGCUCCAGAUAUUAGCUUAACUUUGGAUCACAGUGAGGAAUCUGUUUUGUCUGACUUGGAUGAGAGUGGAGAGAUUGAUUUGGACAAUUUAGACACUCCUUCAGAAAAUAGCAAUGAGUUUGAAUGGGAAGAUGAUCUUCCAAAACCAAAAACUACUGAUGUAAUUAGGAAAGGAUCAUUUACUGAAUACACUGCAGCAGAGGAGAAAGAUAAUGGUCGACGCUGGCGAAUGUUUAGGAUUGGAGAACAGGACCACAGGGUGGACAUGAAGGCAAUCGAACCAUAUAAAAAAGUUAUCAGUCAUGGUGGUUAUUAUGGUGAUGGAUUAAAUGCCAUUGUUGUGUUUGCUGUAUGCUUUAUGCCUGAAAGCAGCCAGCCUAACUACAGAUAUCUAAUGGACAAUCUAUUUAAGUAUGUAAUUGGCACUUUAGAGCUGUUAGUAGCAGAGAACUAUAUGAUAGUUUAUCUGAAUGGUGCAACAACACGGAGGAAAAUGCCAAGUUUAGGCUGGCUUAGGAAAUGUUACCAGCAAAUUGAUAGAAGGUUAAGGAAAAAUCUGAAAUCAUUAAUCAUAGUUCAUCCUUCUUGGUUCAUCAGAACACUUCUGGCCAUCACAAAACCUUUUAUUAGCUCAAAAUUCAGCCAAAAAAUAAGAUAUGUCUUUACCCUGGCAGAAUUAGCUGAACUCAUCCCCAUGGAAUACGUUGGCAUCCCAGAAUGCAUAAAACAGUAUGAAGAAGAAAAGUUUAGAAAGAAACACAAAAGAGUUGACCAAGAGCUGAAUGGAAAACAAGAGCAGAAAAGUGAACAGUAAGUUUGGAGUCCAAACAAGACUGAAGGAUAUGCAGAUGGAAUUAUGUUAUUUUUGCUCCAUUUAUAAUGCAUUCUCUGUGUGUGUAUAUAUUAUAUAACCUCUUGCAAAAGGUGCUUCAUUUCUUUGGACUAGCACACAAUGGACUGCUUACUGCUGUAUUGAUUUGUCUUGACUUUACAUAAACAUAGCCAUUAAUAAUUUUAUACUGCUAAAUGUCAAAGAACUCUGUUUUUAGAGGGCGUUCUUGCAAUUGUUUAUCUAAAUGAUGCAUGUUCUUCAGUAAAAUAUUUAUAUACCUAAAUGUUAAAGGAAAGAGAUAAUAUAUAUUUUUAUGACUGAGCGAUAUAUUGUGUGUACCUGCUAAAGGAAUUCAUUUGCAGGUAGACAAGGCCAUAAGUUACUUGUUGUUAUUGUAUAAAUCUGUUGCUGUCAAUGGUCAAGUGCAUUUCUUUGUUGUCACAGAAACCUUAAUUUGUUUGGAUAUUAACAAUCACAUAAUAUAGUCUUUCGCAAGUGUGGAGAUCCUUAUUUUUGUUCACAUAGCUAAUACAAGCAGUACUUGUUUACCUCACUAGAGUGAGCUUGUACUUUGCUGUCUUGUAAUCUAUUUUUAGAAUGCAGAACUGCAGUUUUGUGAACUUCAGUCUAUUGGCUAAAGGUUUUAAGCGUAAGCCACAAUAGAAGCUGAACAGUUUGAAUGACUAGUAAGAUAUCAGACCUUUCUCAAUAUAAGUUGCUAAUUUAGAUUCUGCUUCAGUAAGCCAAGGCUAUCUCAACUACCAGUAGGAAAUUAGUUCAGUACAGUUCUCCCUGGAUGAUUAUCAGUUGUCACCAGUAGGAACUCUGGACAUACUCAGUAAAGCUUGGGAGUUUCAUAGAUAUUCUAGCCAUAACAUCAAUUGUUUGCGGAGGUAUGGGGAGUCUUAUGUUACCUGCGUCGUCCUUGUAGAUGAAACAUCCUUUUCUAAACCUCUUAGUUUGACACAUGAUACCAGCACUAAUUUCACUUAACAAAAAAAGUGAUUUAAUGGGUGGAGUGUCUUUUUUUCUCCCCACAAUGGUAGUAAAUUUGUAUCUCUAAGAGGUGUUCUUGGACAUGGAACUACAUGUCCAAGUUCUAAAAGUUUGUAACACCUCUUGAUAAUCAUUGCUAUUUUUGUGUAAGGACAGGUGUGUGCAAAUAAAUCCAUUCAGGAGUUAUAUUAAGUCUUCACUUUUGGUUUUCAUUGUGCUCACAAUUUUGUCUUAAUGCAAAAAGGAUCAAUUCUCAGUUACAUUAAAAGUUAGUGUUGCAUAGUUCUCUUACUUAAAAAAAAAAAAAAAAAUUGCCUUCAACCAGAUUACUACCUGACACUGAUAAAUAGCAGUCAAGAGAGUUCCGUGGUCAAGACUUAUUACCAAUUAACAAUUAGUCUACCAUCUCUAAUGAUAAAUGCAUAGACUCUGAGAGCAUAUUCAUGUCAGAUGAGGGCAAAUUGCCCAUGUCUCUGGGAUUUUAAGUCUGCAAUUCAGAGACUUUCAUCUCAAGAUCUAUGUACUUUUGUUAUAGUAGCUUCUGUAUCACAGUUUCAAAAAGAUUAAUAUGCAGGAUGUCUCUUUCAACAGGCAAUCCUAAUUUCAAGUUGCCUUGAAUCCAUUUCAUCAGGUUUGGAUCUCUGAAAGCAGAAUGUGAAUGUGAAUAGUUUCUUUGGGGCUGUCUUAUCUCUGGCUUCAGUUUUGAUGUUGACCCACAUUAAUGUGAAGUCAGUAAAUUGGACAUGUACAGCCUGUUUACUUUUGAUACUUUCACAGCGUAGUGUGUAUGCACAUGCAAACCUGUGAACCUUCCUGAUUUUUACUGACUCUGUGUGGGUCUGAAGCUAGAUACUAAGCAUUCUGAUCAUCUCAUUUCAAGUUUUUCUUAAUUAAAAAAAACCCCAAACAUACUGUUCUCUGUAAAAUCAUAUUCUUAGUGGAGGGAUUGUAGUUCUAUAUGUCCUGUUGCUUCCUGUAUGUAUAGCGCAAUAUAGAGUAGCCAGUCCUCUGUACAGGCCAUAUCAAAUGAUGGGAUUAUUAUUGUCUUUCCUGGUGGCUGAGUGAUUCUACAGUUUCAUGUUGCAGUUUCAUGCUGCCACAUUUCUUUUGGAAAUAUGUAUGUGCUUAUCUAAUGGUUUAUUUCUCUAUUAUAAGUUUUUGUGGAUGAAUACACAGCACAAUAGUUCUUUGGUGCCUAAAGAUACUCAACUUGAUAAACAGGUGUACUAAAGAAUUAUUCCCCUCUGACCUUUUGCAGCUCGUCUUUUAAUGGUGAGGUGGGUGUUUACAAAAAGCAAAGAGGUUCCAAAAUUAUCUUGAACACAGAUGCGUAACUUUUUGUCAAACUUAUCCUUUUUUAAAUCUAUAAAAUAAUUUAAUAUAUUUUAAUAUUUUAAAACAUGAAAACUUGAAGGUCAUCCUUUAACAAAAGUUAUUUCAAAACCUGAAUUACUUUGUGAUAAGAUAUAUUAUCAUAGGGAAUUGACCUUUCAAUGGCACUUCCUCCUAGAAGAAAAACACACGGCUAGAACACAGUUUGAGCCCUGUCAAGCAAAGAUAAUUUCAUGAGUCACUAAUUUACCUUUGAUUUGGAGGUCUCAUUAGUUUUUAUAUAUAUAUAUGGGGUAAUAAGUUCUUAGUUAUCUUUUGUUGUUAAUGUGUGCAACUGAAAUAGAGGUGUUUGGGCCAGUGACCUCUCUGUGCGUGGAUGUGGCAUUUUGAUUUUUAUAACAGGAUCAGUGUUCAGAAGUGGCAAAGAUACUUUGCAGAAAGUGUCAUUAAAAACUGAUGUGACUAGACUCUGGAUUGCUUGAACGUUCCAAAUGUUCUGUGUAGUAUGGCAAAGCCAUGUUCUGUUGGAAAGUAGUGGAGAGGGAUGUAUAAGGAUUUAGUGCUGAAGCAUAUUGAAGUCUUUGAGGUUCUGGGAUGUUAAAACAGAGAAUUCCUGGUUCCAAAAACCUUAGAACCACUUAGAAUAGUAUGGAACCUUGUUCAUAACAAUGCAGUUUAGCAUAUUUUUUCCCUUUAUUUUCAGUGAACAAGUGAAGAGUAGUAUUCCUAGCUGUACUUAGUAGAGGGACUUUGUGCUAAGAAACAGUAGCUAUACAAUGACUAAUUGUAUUAUUGUAAUUGCACACAAUUAGUAUAUAACCUGUAUUUGUUACCAUGUUUCAGCAAGUUUGCAUCAUGCACUUAAAUGGUCUAAUGGCAGCUUAAAACCUUUCAACAGUUAAUUUGUGUCAGACUUCAAUAUUAGAUUACAUAUUGAUGGUAAUUGAAUGUUUUAUGAAAUGACCUUGAGGUGUGUCAUAGGGAGGAGAGAGUGGCAUUGGCACCUAGUCACAUAUCGGCUUCACUGGUGUCACCUACUGAAAUGUCUGUACUUAACAGAAAAUAAUGGAACUACAUUGUGAAUGGGCACUUUCUAAACUAAAUCUGUCAAAGAAUUAAGUUUCUUAGUGAAAAGUGUAUUUCUCCCAGUGUCAAAUUUUUGUCUGGGUAUCCUAUGGAUUUAUACAGUAUUAUGUGGAAAGACUGCUUAAAUGCAUCUCUUAGCAAAAGCUGUUGUCUUUGGAGAUGACUUGAAUUCUCAAGUCAUUCCAGUCUCCCUCAGAAAAGUCUCGUAUGAGGAAGAGAGGGGAGAGGUAUAAUAGCUCUUGUGCUUUUUGUAACUGCAGAAGUCUUACAGAGCAUUCAGUGAAAAUUCUUAUUCAAUCCUUGUGGGUGCAGGUCAUUCAUUAGAGGAUUUGUUUCACCGACUGGUUGUCAGAAAUGCUUGAAAUAAGUGCUUUAAUUAUACUUUUUAAGGAUACAUGGUAUUAGUCAGAGCAGCACUCUGAAAUAUAAGGAAUGUUUAAAUAUUCAUAUUCUGAAAGACAGAUUUUGCAACUUUCCUAGCUUUAGAAUUGUAAGUUGAACUACAUUGUUUCCCUCGUCACAUCUUUUUCCCUAUGUUGAGCUACUGGGGGGAAAAGGGCAUUUGUGAAGUGAAGAGGGUGCAGUUGUAUUAUAGUUCUUCACCAUUCCCUUCAAGCAUGACUGAAGUCAGUGAACUUAAAGCUAUUCUUUGCUGAACUAGAUCUUUUUUCAGUUUUGCAAUUUGGACUGCCCAGAUUACUCCGAUUUAAACAUACUGAGUUUUUUUUUUUUUCCUACUAUAGAAAAUGAUCUGAGUAAAAGCUACUGGAGUGUUUUAAAGUCAAGUCCUUAUUUACCGUGCUCCUUAAUCAAGCUUGCUCAGCUGCUAGUUAGUAUUUAUUAUUUGGAAUUCCAGGUUAAUAAUUACAAACAAUAUUAAUGGAAGAUAGAUGCUUACUUUCCCAGUGGCUCUGCAAUUCUUAGUCAUCUGAACACAAAGCCUUUUAAUAAAAAAGAAAAGCCUUAGUAGUAGGGUGCUCUACCUGUUGAAUGGCAGAUAGAAGGGUUAAGACAUUGUCUGUUAGUACCAGUAGACCUUGUGGUAUGGGAAAUGUGCAGUGUCUGACAGAAUGAAGCUGCAGUAGUCAUGCAAAAGCAUAGGUUAUAACUGGCUUAACUUAUAUUCUUCACAGAUGUGACUUUUCCUUUGCCCUUUUCAUAUAAAACUAUGUAAACACAAGACCCUUCACCUACCUCUUAAUGUUGCGAUCCUUUCUUUUUAAAUGAGUUUGUUUUCUGUUUGUGUUCCAGCAUGUCAUGGAGUAAUGCAAUAAACACAUUUCUGAAUGUGCUAGCUGUUAAUACCUAAGGGAAACUUUUUAAUUAGGAAAAAUAUAAAUGCAAUAAAUGUCUUUGGAGAAGGUC